AUGCCUGCGAAGUUUGAUGACGCGUCUCUGGUUUGGGUGGCGUCAGAGGAGCCACUCAAGGACAGCAGCUUCCUGAGCAGCAGAAUCCUCAACCUCUGUGGGCCUCUGCCCAUCUUCUGGUUACGUCCUACCUACCUGGGGGAUGCCACAGAGGGAGACAGGGAGAAAAGGGAUAUCGAGCGUACAAAGCGUCAGUAUGACAUGGAGGUCUUCCAGGCUGCCGCCGAAGACACCCACGGCUCUGCCCAGAACAUCACCUCUGGAAGGGGGGAGGUGGAGGCCACAGAAGGGUCUGCGUCUGCCUUUAACCCUGAGAACCCCUACCACGUGAGUACUGCCCCCGCAAGAGCCUCUAUCAUAUCAGUACUGACACAUCGUUUUUUCAGUCCCAUGAAUAACAUAUUAGGCAAGGAAAUGUUGGACGGUAACCUUAUCUGCUCCUGUCCAACUGGCUUCCUUGAGAGAAAUUCACUCAAGAACAUUGGAUGGAGGAAAAGUGUUGUUGAUAGUGUGCGUAUGCCCUUGUUUAACAUGGAUUGUACUGUUCCACAGCAGCGCGGUCAGGAGGGAGAGACAGGCUCGAUGGUCUUCGAUCCCAUGCUGGACCAUAACGGCAUCUGCUGCACUGAGUGCCAUCGGAGCCAUACUCACUGUGAGAGGAUAUGCGAGCCUCUCGGUGGGCACUGGCCUUGGCCGUACAACUACCACGGGUGCCGAGUGGCCUGCAGAGUCAUCAUGCCCUGCCGUUGGUGGGUCGCUCGCAUAAUGGGAAUUGUCUGAGAUGGCCAGUCGCCUCAAGCUCUCAGCUGAAACAAAGAUACACAAUUAAGCUGUUCAAAUACAAACACAAUGUCUUAAAUGGUGCUAUUUAUUUUUGUUCAUUUAUAUGUGGUUGUAUAUAACUAAAGAGAGCUCUUAUCCAUCAGCACUAUGGAACUGAAGAAACAUCGUGCUCUUGGUGAGACUGGUCUAUAAAUACACUAUAUCUGGUACUGGGAAACCUGUUCAAUAAAACAAAAAAACUGUAAAAAAAAUGGCACAAAUGUGCUAUUGCUUUUGUUGCUUGCGACUCGGUAAUAAACC